AUGGCCAGUAUGGUGCACGCCCAGUCGGCCAUCACCAUCGAGCAGCUCAAUGCUGCAGUUCCGGGCCGCGCUAGCGCGACCUCCUGCAGAAACGCGACCAGCGAGUGCGCGACCAAUUCGCAGGCACUUGAGGCGAUUAACCACGCGCUGCUAAAGUACAGGAUCUCUCGACGCAGCGAGGUCGUCGCUGUGCUUGCGCUUGAGGCAUUCGAGUCGGCCAGCUGGCUGUACAACAUCAACCACUUUCCAGACCCUGGACGUCCCGGCCAGGGCACACGCAGCAUGUUGAUGUACAACUUUAUUGAGGAGUACGCCAAGUACCUGUAUGCAGACAAGGCCCACGCGCUGCUGGAGUCGUCAGGGUCGAGUCCACUGGUCCUCGGCGAUGACGACAGCUUCGGCUCCGGCUUCUGGUUCCUGGCGCAUGAGGCAAGCAGCUACUACAACAACCCGGACAAGCUGCGCGACGGCCAGUGGCAGGACUUUAAGGACUACAUAGUCAAUGGCGUGGGCGCGUCCUGGGACGAUGCGCGCAAUGUCACGUGGAAUGCGGUCAACGACGCGGUCUUAUCACUGAUCGAAGUCGAGCCCAUCUCGGCCGCUGCUGAUGCCCUCGGCCCGCCUCGCUGGAUCGGCGCGUCGUGGUCUGCCACUGCCUGCAUCGCAGCUGCAGCACUUUUGCCUUCCUUCUCCUGA